UUUGGGAUGUGUAGUCAUGUGAGACAACUUGGACCGUGGAAGUGGACACGGCAGAAACUACAGCUCCCAGCAGACGUAGGGGCUCGUCGCUUCACUAGUUUCACACUGAAUGUACUAAUGUAGUUCGCACUACUUGAAUGUCCGUACAUGAUUCACUUCGUCAAUAAGUAAGUCGGUACUUCGGUGUCAUGGCGGAAUCUGCGGCUUGUCCUGCUUUCCAGCUUGGGAGAUCGCGAUACGAUCAGGGUUCAUUUCUUGGUCGCCUUCGACAUUUUAUGGACAUCAUCGACCCCAGCACCUUGUUUGUGCCUGAGAGACGAUUGGAAGAGUGUGUCAAACUUCUUGACGAUUUUAAACACGGCAGACUUCUACCUGGAGUCUCUGAUUUUCAGUUAUGGGAAGCCCAAAAAGUCAAGCAGGCCAUCAUUCACCCCGACACGGGAGAGAAAAUCUUCAUGCCAUUCCGAAUGUCAGGUUAUGUACCAUUCGGAACACCAAUUGUCAUUGGCCUUCUGCUCCCAAAUCAGACUGUGUUCUCUACCAUUAUUUGGCAGUGGCUGAACCAGAGUCACAAUGCAUGUGUGAACUAUGCCAACCGCAACGCAACCAAGCCUACACCAGCAUCAAAGUUUCUUCAGGGAUAUGUGGGAGCUGUGACUAGUGCUGUCUCCAUUGCAGUUGGAUUGAAUGUUCUGAUUCAAAAGGCCAACAAACUGAGCCCUGCGACCAGAAUAAUAAUCCAGAGACUAGUCCCCUUCCCAGCAGUGGCGAGUGCAAACAUCUGCAAUGUGGCCCUCAUGAGACACAAUGAGCUGUCUGAGGGUGUUGAUGUGCUGGAUACAAACGGUAAUGUGGUGGGAUCCUCCAAAGUUGCUGCUAGGCAUGCAAUCAUGGAGACUGCUUUUACACGUGUGGUCCUCCCAAUGCCCAUCUUUGUCCUCCCCCCAAUCAUAAUGUCCUACCUAGAGAGACUCCAGUUCCUGCAGAGCAAUCGCAGAUUGUUGCUGCCCAUCCACAGCCUGGUGUGCCUGGCUACCUUUAGCCUCUCCCUGCCUGUGGCCAUCAGCCUCUUUCCCCAGAUGUCUCAGAUCGAGGUGGCUCACCUUGAGCCGGAGAUUGCCAUGGCAACAGACUGCAAGGUGGUGACCUACAACAAGGGUUUAUGAUGGAUGGCACAGCGGUGUACAGUGGAGGACAGGGAAUGAGGAUGCAAAUGAGACUAUGUUGUUAAAAGCUAAAAGCUGCCAUAGAAACCCCAGGGAUUCUCCCUGACACCGGUCCACAGGCCAGGGAACUUUGUGGCAUUAAUAUAGCACAACCCGGAUAACCAUGCACUAACCAAUGGCUGUAACACUAAUAUUUUCUAGAUAUAGACACUGAUAAGGGAAGCUCAAGGAACCAACAUCAUUAAAACUUACUAUGGGAUAAUAUUGCCAAUGUGAAGCCACUGUUUAGUGGUUGUAUUUGUCAAAUGAAUCGAUGAAGAAAUGUGAAAAUUUAGAUUCACUGUAUAUUAAAUUAAUGACUUUUUUUUUAUUGAUGAAUGGCAAAAGACUGCAUGCCAGGACUUCUAACCUAAUUGCUGUGAAAAUGUGAAAAAGACAAAAGCUUGCAAGUAUUUUUAUGUAAAAAAAAUGUAGGUACCCUUUCUUAUAAACUGCUUCUGUGUUAGGUACAGAAGAAGACAAAACUACAGUAUUGAUUGUUGAACCACUAGUUCAUUUUUUUAUUUGCACUAUAUUUCGCACAUAACAAACAUUAUUACCUGAAUAUUAUUGAACAAAUCUUUAAGUAGUAUUCUUAUUGCUUUGUAAAAUAUACCUGAUGCUAUAAGUUUGCCAGUCAAACAGUGUAGAUUUUUAAUAUAUCUUUACUAU